AAGUCGAAAGGAUUUUUAGAAUUUUCUGUCCCUAAUAUUCCUUUCUUUGUUGCUGAUUUCGAGCCCGGAUCACGCUUUAUUUGGUGGGUAUAAGAUAUUUUAAAGAACGUGUGAGGGAGUGCAAUGGAAUCUGCAUCCAAAUUUCAGCGCAUCUUAAAAACAAUUCAGCCAAGUUCUGGCACUGAAAGCGAUGCAGUGAUAAAGAAGCCGACAACGGAGAGAAUCAGUGAAGAUGGGCGAGUUAUACAAAAGAAAACUUUCACACUGAAUGACUUUGACAUUGGACGUCCACUCGGUAAAGGAAAGUUCGGACAUGUCUAUCUGGCUCGAGAAAGAACGCAUAAAUUCAUUGUGGCGCUAAAGAUUCUCUUCAAGUCGCAGCUUGUCAAAGCGGGUGUUGAACAUCAAAUGAGACGAGAGAUAGAGAUUCAAUCGCAUUUAAGACAUCCCAACAUCCUCCGUUUCUAUAAUUAUUUCCACGAUGACAAGCGGGUCAUCCUCAUCUUGGAGUACGCACCAAAGGGCGAGUUAUACAAGGAGCUGCAGAAAUACAAACGUUUUGAUGACAAGAGGAGUGCUUCCUACAUUGCCCAGCUGACAAACGCCUUAAUUUAUUGUCACACCAAGAAGGUGAUACAUCGUGAUAUCAAGCCAGAGAACCUGCUUCUCGGUCUCAGGGGGGAGUUGAAGAUUGCAGACUUUGGCUGGUCUGUCCAUGCACCAUCAUCUAGACGUGCCACUCUUUGUGGAACACUGGACUACCUGCCACCAGAGAUGGUAGAAGGCAAGGUACACAACGAGAAGGUGGACCUGUGGAGUUUGGGGGUGCUCUGUUACGAAUUCCUGUGCGGCAACCCACCGUUCGAGGCUGAAAGCCACUCCGACACAUAUCGCAGAAUCUCAAAAGUUGAUCUAAAUUUCCCUGCUCAUGUUUGUAAUGAUGCCAGGGACUUGAUUUCAAAGCUGCUCCGGCAUAACCCCGACAAAAGGAUCUCGCUACAAGAAGUUCUUCAGCAUAGAUGGAUAGUCAACAAUGCAGUCGAAAUGCCCACGCCCAUUGUGCCACAGAAGAGGCCUGCAAACACAUGAGUGGAUUAUGGAUCAUGGCCCGGCAUUGGACAUGUUAUAUCAACAGUAAAAGCUGAACUUUUUGAUCCUUGAUGCAUUUAGUACAGUACACAAAUUCAUUGAGGAUUUGUUACCGAAAGGAACUGAGAUUUGCAAUCUCAAGAAAUCAGUUCAUAACAACCUUGUUAUGAAUCAAAGAACAUUCCAAUAUUUAGGAGAAGUUGGCUUAUAGAUGUUUUGUGAACGCGAGGCGAGGAAAUUAAACGGAUUUUCAGUUGGUAAAAUACAGUUUGAGUUGGAAUGGUAUGGAUGUGGAUCACAUGUCGAUCCCUGUGAAAGGUGUUGAUGAAAAUCGAAUGAAUGCUUGUUUGUAUGGUAUUGGAUUGUUCAAAAUUUGCAAAAUUAAUUUUUCAAUGCACUGAUGGAUGAUAGUGAGUGAAGACUGUCAUUUCGUGCACGAAUUCUAUUUUAAUCUUCUCACAGUUCAAAAUAUCCCAUGUUUUUUAACAUGUAAAUAUGUAAAUAAAUUCAAUUGAUUG